AUCAAACUUCUUUCUUAUCACCUGUAUAUUUCUAUGUUUUGUGUUAUCAAAUGUCAAGCGACCGAUAUGCGAAUGCGAUGCGAUGCCGAUAUGUUUGUGUUUUGUGCGUGCAUCUUCACCACAAGUUUUUUUAUUUUUAGUUCUGGCUGAAUAAGAUAUAAAAUACUGCAGAAAUUACACAGUGUGAAAGAAAAUGAAAUCUAUGGGGGAUAAGUUAAUUACUAGUGUUUUAUAACAGCUUGGAAAAGUUUCCUUGUUUAACCUAUUUGUGAUCUUAUUGAUGGCUGUUAUAUAGAACAAAUGGUUUCAAAACAAAAUUCGAAUGUAUUAAAUGUAAAUAUAUUGGAGAGUGUUUUAAUAAGAAAGAUUAGACUUAAGACUCCCGUUUUAAAGAAAAAAGGCAAGAUAUUUUUACCAUUUCCCUAAAAUAAGGUAGCUUGGAGAUUAAUGAAUGCCUGAAAAAAUGUCCAUGUCAAAUCAGAACAACGGAAAGAGUUCAAACAACUCCUGCAUGAAUACUCCUUCAUGUACACCACUUUCUAACAUUGCAAAUGGGAAUGUGCAAGGCUCUCCACCACCCAACAACAAUGCACCAAAGUAUGGAACUUUGGUGCCCAACAGAAUAUUUGUAGGAGGCAUUUCAGCUAAUACUACUGAAACAGAAUUGAUGCAACUUUUCAGUAACUAUGGAACUGUUAAAGCAGCAAAGAUAAUUCAAGAUAGAGCUGGUGUAUCAAAGGGCUAUGGAUUCAUUACGUUUGAAAGUGAAGAUGAUGCUAAAAGACCAUUACAAGAAGCUGAAAACAUUGUGUUAAGAGAACGGAAACUUAACAUAGCUCCUGCUAUAAAGAAACAGCCAUUUAGUCGAGGAUUUGAUGCCUCAAGCCCACCUGCAGUUACAGCAGGUAACCCUGCUCAAUUCUUCUUCCCUCCUGGUGCUACAAUGCCAUAUUUCCAAGGAGGUGUUGCUUAUUACCCCCAACCAGCCCCAGGGGAUCCAGCUACACAACAGCCUAUGUAUCAACCACCUCCUGUAUACCCAGCACAAGCUGGUCCUCCACAAGCAGCUACUUAUCCGUCUGUUAUGUUUCCUACACAAACAAUAUAUAUGCCUCAGCAGUUUCCUAUGACUAUGUCAUAUGAUUAUAACUAUUACCAAAGCAAUGGAGUGCCUCCUACUUCUCAAUACAUGAUGAAUGGGCAGGGAGGCUUAGGUGGACCUCAAUGUGCUCCAAUGCCACCAUCUACAAGUCCCCCUAGACCCACAUGCUAUGGUCAGCAGAUGCCUGCAUAUACACCAGCUGAUCCAAUGUUCUAUAACCUUCCAGUAUAUAGUACAAUGGACGGCUCCCCAGUAUACACUGAGGCUGCUUUUGAGCUGACUGGACCAGGUCCAUAUACUGAGGUACAUGUGGCCAGCCCCCCAAGCUACGCCACGCAGCCCAGACGCACCCGCAGGUCGCUAAGGCGCAGUGGGGCCGCCGGAGUUACUGAGAUAGGCGCUGGAGAUGCCCCUCUGCCAGGCGACGUAGGAGGAGACGUUUGCAAGAAGUUUGAGACGCUCAAGCUGUAAUAAGGUGGGAUGUACCUCUCUAUUUGUAUAUUUUUUUCUAUUUGUUUAAGACUGUACAAUAUUUUGUAACAUAAAUUUAAUGUAAUUAUAAGAGACAUAAUAUAUAUUUAUUGGUAAAUAAUAAGAUGAUGGAUAAUUUGACUGGAGAAAAUGUGACAACUGUUAAAUAUAUUUAUUGAUGCCAGUGUGUAUGGUAAGAGAAUCUAUCUCUCUGUGACAAAUUUAAAUUAGUGUAUAAAAACUGGAUUGAUUGUAGUAGUGAGUUUGGAUUAUUGUAUGGUCUUGCUAUGAUCAAUUUGUAGGAAUAGGUAUCAUGUGUGUAGUAGCACUGUUUGGUCCUUAGAACUAACUAAAACCAACCUGUACACUUAUGAGUUAUGCUUGAUAAAAACAGAAAUUUUGAAAACACUGACACUAUACAUAGAUGACACAGACCUUUGACUUCAUGUUUCUUUGCCCAGCUGAUUAUUGGCCCUGAUAAGAUCUCAUAGAGCGAUUUUCUGUUGAUCACACAUACACAUAUGAAUCAGUUUAAUGUGGCUUAGUUAUCAGUUGACUACUAUUUUUUUUUUAAUUAUGACACCCAAAAAGACUGAUUUUAUCAAGCAGAUUCUUAAUAUGUAGAGGUUGAUCAUUGAGGCGAUUUUUGGUCUCCAGAAAGGUGUAGGUGUAAUGAGUCAGAUGCAGUUAUAUGGCUCUGUAAACCUCCAUCAAGCACACAAGGUACAGCAAUGACGACAAGGUAGUGGAAUGCUUGAAUGUUCUUGCAUCCCUGUAACUCUAUAGCAAAUUGGUUCAAAGACCUGUUUAUGUUACAAAUUGCUCAACUCGACUGACGUGGUGUGUAAUCUUACUCAAAUGAUUACAAAAGUUCAAAUCACCUCAAAUUGAACAGUGUAUGGCUUUGCAAUCAUCUCGCACAUAAAUUUGUUAUGAGAUCGAUAGCAAUAUCAAAUGCUUUAGUAAAAUGUGAGGUAGGAAAUGCUUGGAUAUACAAAAUUACUAGGUUUCCUGGAAUUUUACAUAAAAAAGUGGUAGCCAGUAAUAAUUAAUCAAUCACUUGUUACAUCUUUAUAGGUAAAAAUAAAGCCAAGUAAUUUCAUAGUAACUGUCCUAUUCAAAAAUUAUAGUUUGGUACAUGAAAAUACUGUUUCUUAUAUUAAAAAUGUUUGGUGACAUUUGAAACAUUAACAUUUACUGCAACCCCGGCGGUGCCGGCUACAUGCUACGAUAAAAAAGGCUUCUGACUUAUACAAUAUCAUUCCCUGCAUCAUGUUUUAUAAGCUAUAAAUCAGCACAUAUUUGGACUGGACAGCAGUGUAUGUUCCAAAAUCGACAGUUUUGUCACAAAAGUCAAAAGAAGGUACAAUGACGCGCCUCAGUCAGCAUCACUAAAAUUUGUGAUAUCUAAAUUAUAACCAUCAGUAUAUGCCAGUUGAAAAAAGUUUAGGUACAUACCUAAUAUGUACUUUUUAGACAUAGAAAAAAGUACCUAAUGAUAGUGAGAACUUUAAAAUAUUAGUUAACAUAAAAUCUACCAAAAUAUGAGUGAGAUUAGCAAUGUUAAAGUUAAAUAUUACGUAAUAUACUAAAAAACUAAUGGAAUAUUUAUUGUCAAUACAGAUACAUUGUAUAUUUUUCAGUUGAAGUAACUAGAAAACAGUAGAAAUGGUGCAUGUGUCAAUUAGAUUCAGAAUAAUGAAUUAGCAGAGAGAACAGUUACAUGAUAGCAGCAUCUAUACAUAAAAAUUAUGAUGAAAUAUUCACAUAUUUAUGUUAAUUAGAAUCAAAUGCUAAGAAAUGGGAUAUACUUACCGUUAAAAUUAAUUGCAGUGCAAUUUUCUUUACAGUUACCUUGAUCAAAUUAAUAUAUGAACUGCUAAUAGAUGUAGUGUUUAAGAGUUUAGUCUCAAAAAUAUACAUGUCAACUGUUUUUAAUUGUAAGUAUAAUCUAAAACUAUACACUGCCAUCAUUAGUUUGUUGAGAUAGUAGAAAUUGCAAAAUAAAUAUAUUAUUUGUAAACAGCUUUUUAUUUGAUAUUACAGUUCAGUGGAUCUUGUAGUGAAUUGAAGAAAAUCCCCACAACUUUUGCGUUUAUCAUCAUCAUGAUCAUUUAUCACUUGAUUUUCAUGCAUAAUUACCACCAAAGCCAAAAGGAUAGCUCUGUACAAAGUAGUACUACAUCACAACCUUGGAUAAGGAAUAUUUCAUUUUUCGAACCAUCUUUCGGCGCUUAGCGUUUUGAUUGGGGAUAUAAUGCCCAUCGAUUAUAAUCUAAUGCGCAAAUCGACGAGUAUGACAUUUUCUACUUAAGUUGCCGCUUGUUAAAGUGACAAACUAGAACUGAUUGAUUAAUUUUAGAAAAUUAUUUCAUUGUUCUAGAUCAGGGCUGUCCAACAUACGGCCCGCUAACUCCUUUCUUGCGGCGCGAUUCACGGGUCAUGUAUAAAUUACUCUCAAAUACCGAAUAUGCACAAUUCUUACAUUAACUCUGUAAUAAUGUAUAGAAAGAUUUUAUAAUGCGGCCCUCCAAACUGCAUUUUUUUUUGAAAUGGCCCUUGGGCCACAUUAAGUUGGACAGCCCUGUUCUAGAUAAUGGCCGUUUACUUUCAAACAUUUCGUAUUUCAUAGAUACUUUUUAAAAAUACCUUUAUAAUCGUAUAGCCAUACUAACCGUAGCCUAACACUUAUAACUCAUAUGAAAUCUAGAUACCAUAGUCAUAACCAUACAUACGUUUCGAACUUCAUAGUCAAAUGUAAUUCUGCUCUAUCUCUGUAUAGACUGUUGGGAUUCUUAAUGUAACAUCUGAAACUUAUCUUGUGGUUCUUAUGUUGUUUAUCCCUCAAUUUUGUCUGUCUGGUGGGAUUCUUCUUCAAAUCACACGUUUUUAUAAAAAUUCUACUGAACUAGUUGGUGAAAGUACUAGAUACAAAACUGUAGUGAUACGAACGGUACCUACAAGUAUAGACAUAGCUCGCACUGUCAUAACAUUAGAGACUUACUAUAUUUAGAGCAAAGUACAAGCCUACAAAUAUUAAAAAUUAAAUGAUAAUCUUAAACAUACAUACAUUUAUAAAAGCUAGGUGAAACAUAUAAAAUCAAAACUUGGUUGUAAUUUCAAAGUGUUGUGAUUCAUAUAUGGCCUAAUUCUGACUGUUUAAAAUAAGUUGGGUUUUUGAAGCUGAUUUUCAUAUUCACGAUACUAGAAAGUAGGCUUAUUUAGUUACUGAUGCAGCACAUACUCUAUAUGUAUUUAGAAUGCUUUUGCUACAAUUUCUGGUUUGAGUUUGAGCAUGCCUGUGUGUUGUUUUUGAUUGAUUGGCUUGAUAGAAAUGAGAUUGGCAUCAUUGGUCGUGUUGUGCUAGCAACAACAUCGGAAAAUUGUGUCCUGUGCUGUGGGUGUGCACUGAUCUUCCUGAAGACAUGCCACAGCACCAGCCCAUUUGCAUCACGCUGCUUGCACUAUAUUAGCAUAGCAAUAGAAUAGCAGGUGCAGCCACUGGCGCUAUAAUCCAGGCAAUCUAGCAAAAAUCGAAUGAAGUUCCUGGGAAAAUUGUAAGUGGACAAAUUAUUUGGUAAAAGAUGUUAAAAGGGUUACUGGCCGCGAGUAUGGGUCGUGCCAGAGAAAAAUGUUCUGCUUAAAUUUUUUAUUUGCUAAAAAUAGGUUUAAUUUUUUUUUAUUUAUUUCAAGUUAUUUUAUCUCUAAGGGAAUGAACCUCGGCCCCUUUCUUUAGCCCUAAAAUUUUCACAAACGGAAUUUUCGAACCCCAAAGUCAGAUAAAUAAUUUUCAAGUCAUUGCAAUAAACACGCUAAAAAUCAGACAAUUUACUAUUUGCCUUGAUCACUUUUAUUCGCCCAACUGACUGACCUCUAACCGUGUGACGAAUAUGUGGCCUGACACGUUAUAAAAGCACAAUAAAUUCCGAACCAGAAUAUCUUGGAUAAUUGUUUUUAUUGCAGCUAUAAAAAAUGUUUUUUUAUAAAGAUCUAUUCUACAGCUCAGGGAAGUCCUACGAUUGUCGGCUGCUGCUUAUUUUGUAGAGAAAGUAUUUUAGUAGCAUGAUAGUGAAACAGAAUUAUUGUACUGUGAUUUUACUGUGGUUGGUCAACUUUGUUCUACAAUUAUUAUUAAAUGGAGCAGUCUUGCAGUCUUGCUGAAAAAAGAUGAACUCUCCAGGUCCAAGAGGGGAGGCGAGGGGCAGGGUGAUAAUUCUGGAUCUUAAAAAUAUCGUCAAGGAAUUCAGGAUAUGUUUUGAUAAAAAGAUUAAUACAGUAUGAGAUUACGGUUAAUAAAAUAUGUAUUAUAUACUUAUGCACCAUCUGAAAAAUGUUCAUUAAUUUGAACGAGUUAUGAUUAUUCUAUUCUUUUUAUAACCAAAGCUUACAACAGUUGGCAAUAAAAUGCAUACAAAGUUUCAACAUCCCUUUACUUUUCUCCUGAAGAAACUAAAACUUGUAAAAUACAUCAAUAACUAUUUAUAAUAGUUCCGAUCUGC